ACAGGUGUGGCGAUUACGAACGCCUGCCCUGCCCUCCUCGCUCGUGCACAUUUUCUUUUAAGCUGUUGGACGCAAAAAUUGGCGGUGAAAGGAUUCAGACUCAGCAUCACAAGGUAUUGCGGAGGCACUCCUAGGGGGGUCGUGAGUUCUUGAGCUAUGAUCGUCGCAGCGUUUAUUAUCGCGUCAAUACUGGUGCCGACUCCUUCAUCGGCUUUUUCGUUUUUGUCGUGGUUUGACGAUACUGAUGGCUCAAGUCGCCGUGAUAAAUCUCGUGCAAGUGGCAACAGCGUCGAUGAAUCGGACAUUAUUGCCCAGCAACCUCUCCUCGAUCCCAAAGACUGGUUUCUCACCGAACAGGAGAUCACGGACUCGCGGGGUGGCGUACCAAGGAGCGACAUGGCAGUGUACACAACCGGCAACAACGUGACUUCUUACACGGCGACCAACGAAUUCUACAAUGCAGUCUACGACGACCUCAGCUCGACGAAGGAAGGCGAUCGGGUCAUGCUUGCUGCAUGGUUGGCAUCCCUCGUUCCACUCAAGCCCGACGUUGAUCCGACCGGGACAAAGACUGGUUUCAAGCAAGUGUUCGCGGGCGUCGUGGAACGAGGGGGAAACGUGAACAUUCUAGGCUGGGCGAGUAUUGCAGGCGCUUACAUGCCAUACAACAUCAAGGCUCGCGACGCUAUCAACACUAUCCCGCCAUCUUCAGUCAACGGAGCAAAAGCCGUUUACAUUUUCGAUGACCGCAUCGAUCUCAUAGCCUCUCACCACCAGAAAACACUGGUCAUCGCAACAGACAGCUCCUCCGAUAAAAAAGCCCAGCCCAUUGCGUACGUGGGUGGGAUGGAACUUGCCAUCGAUCGGUGGGACACCAUCCACCAUAACAAUACCGCAAUCCGAGAUGCGGGGAACAUCACCUACAAGAGUAAGGGCUGGGUCGAUGGACACAUCCGAAUCCACGGACCAGCCGCGAAAGAUGUUGCGAAUAAUUUCAUAGCCCGAUGGAACUCGGACUAUUUGCCGUGUCGCAGUCUAGAUGACGAACUUCUUGACUUUGAAAACCCUACGUUCGAGAAAAUCCCGUCACUCGACUACGCCAGCAGCAGCAGGACCUCCAAUCUCGGCAACCAAAGUGUCCAGAUCACACGAACCUUCAGCUGUCAAUACAAACACUACAAGGAGUUUGCCCCUAAAGGUGAGAACUCACUGUUCCAUGCUCGUAUCAAGGCUAUCAAGAAUGCGAAGAACUUUAUCUACGUCGAAGACCAGUACUUUGUGUUCGUACCAGAACUACUUGACGCACUCAUGGAGGUGAUGCCGCGGAUCCAGCGACUUAUCGUCGUCACCAAAGAGCAAACGAAUGCGUUCACGAAUGCUGGCUACAUCAAGUAUCUGUAUCAAAUGGUCGAGCCCAUCCGUUCAAAGUAUCCGAACAAGUUUAAAAUCUACACGACCAAGCCAGAACGGAAACUGCUGAUUCACACGAAACUUGUGAUCAUCGACGACGUGUAUCUGUCCAUUGGUUCGGCCAACUGGAACCGCCGCAGUAUGACGGCAGACCCAGAGCUUAAUGCUGACGUUGUGGAUGGUGAUACUGUCAAGUCACCUGAGGGUGUGACAGUGGGCAAAUUGCCUCGUGAUUUUCGCAUUCGCAAGUUCAUGGAGAUGACGGGAUUGAGUUACGAUGAGUUGGAUGCCAUGACGUUUGUCGAGGCUGCAGACCAGUUCGCUGUUGCUGCCACUGAUGAAUCGACGAUUUUGGCCACCAACAGAGUUGAACACCAUGCGUACUUCAUUGCUAUUACGGAAGCCAUGCGAAAGGUAUCAGAUCCGCAGUUCACUUGCAACGAUGACGAUAGGUGAGACUGUGGUGCAGCAUUCAAUCAAGCGAUCUCUUAUUACUAUUCGUGAUCUACAACUUGUACUAGUAGUAGCUUUUUGGAUAGAAAGAUAAAUCUAAGAUUCAAAAGUUGUGCGGA